AUGUCACUCAUCCACCCGCUCACCUUCGAGCUUCUUCCUCUUCCCUUGACGCCCUCACGUCCCUCGUGCGGCGAGCUGCACGCAUCCUCCAUCCACGAGCUGCCCCUCUCACGCGCCACGCUGCUGCAUCUCCUCCUCGCCUCGCCGCUGCUCGCUCCCGAGCUCGACGAGGCGUGUGCAGCGGGCAGCAGCACGAGCGGCGGCGGCAGCAGCAGCAGCGUACGUGCCUCGCCGUUGGCGCAGCUGCUCGCAACCGAAGUCGAGCUGAGCAGCAUGCUCGCCGCCGCGUACGAGGAUGAAGCGAUGCUCUCGGCGCUCGGCGCGCGCAUGCUUCAUCUGCAGGGCUGGCAUGCUCCCUCAUCGCCGCCUCGCGCCGCCUGGGCCUCUGCUGCCUCCGAUGAUGACGCGUCGGACGGCGACGAGUACGAGCGCGAGCUGCUGGCGCACGAAGUGCUGCACUGCGCCAGCGGCGGCGAGACAUGGGUCAUUCACCUGCGCUAUGCCGCGGCGCUGCCGCACGAGGAGGUGCUGACUGUGCAGCGCAUCGAGCUGCCCGCCGAAAGCGAUGCUGCGCAAGACGAUGAUGCUGCUCGCAUCCCUUCUCGCGCUCCCUCCGUCGACGCCCUGCCGCAGCGAGGUCCUGCUUCGCCCGCAGCUGCAGCACCAUCACGCAGCAACGCAAGCAGCACGGAUGCGGCCACGAAGCCGAUGAAGCGCAUCAAGGUGCACGACACGCGUGGCGCGCGCUGAGACGGAUUGAGAUUCUGCUCCGCCGUCGAGCGAUGCUGCGAGAUGGUGAGAGCGAUCACUGCCCUUGUGCUGGCAGGUCGACGCUGAUGCUUUCGACCGCACAGCAUCAAGCACCCGUUUCCGCAUCUAGCGCUCCUCGUCAAUCCGCGCUCGCCAGAGCUCCAACAUCGCCCUCCACCGUCACCUGCUAUCUCACGCCCCAUCUGUCAUGCGCCAGCCGCUUCACAUCCCUGUC